CAUACAAAAGUCUCCCAAAAUAUUCCACCAAUCCCUUCUUGCCUCCCGGAGUACUCUUUGGUUCAUCUUGGAAGCGUCCAAUAGAAAGCUCAAGAAGAAGACAAGCUCUUCCUUCUCUCUUCAUCAACAUAAUCAUAAUCAUCUUGCAGAGAAAAAGGCUUCAUUUUCCGCUAUGCAACAAGGAGAUUACAGUUCCUAUUAUCACCAAUAUCCUCACCUUCAAAACCCUAACCCUAAUCCCAAUAUCAAUAACAUGGCCGAUCUUCAUCCGACCUCUUACGCAUCAGCGCCUCCGUUUACAACAAGUUACUCUCCCUCCGAUUAUUCUGCUUAUUCUCAAAAUUACCCUCCUUAUUCUCAAAAUCAUGAUCCUGCACCUCCCACGGCUCCUUCCUACGCAACAACUCCACCGACUGUAACAACUCCAACACCCUCACCACCACCACCAAACCCUAAUUCACUUUCUACAUUCAAUCCCAUCCCUUCCCAACAACCACCUCAAUUCCCUCCCUACGAUUCUCAUGUUCCGUACCAACCGACACCGGCCACCCAGCAACAGCAACCACAACCACCGGCUGCGUAUUACCCCCCAUUUGAUCAGCAUCAGACGGCUCCUAGUUAUGCCCCGCAAAAUACUAAUCUCAAUUCAUCUUACUCCUCGACGUACUCCGCACCCUUCAGCAACGUGGGAUCAUCGGUUCCAUCAGUGUAUGAGAACCCGUACGAGAAUUCAAAUUCGAUGAAAUUCGAUUCCGCUGGUGGAUACUUGGACGAUAAAUAUGGGGGUUACAACCGAGGCCGUUCCGAUUUGGGCUCCGAUCUUUAUGGAAAGCGGCCAGAAAGUAAUAAUUUUUCGCGGUACGAUAUGGGGCGAGAUGAUUUGUAUGGGGAUGGUGUGUUUGCGUAUAAUGGGGGCAAGGUGGAGCCAUAUGGGGCCCGUGGCACGAUCCCAAAGUCAUCGGCAUCUACUUUGUUUGAUGAUUAUGGGCGGUCGAUUAGUUUGCCGUCUGGCAAGGACUCGCAUUCAUCAGUUGGUUCAGGUUCGAGUAAGAUCGUGAGAGCUGUACCCAAAGCGGAAACGCAGCAGGAUGUCAAGAGUGGAGUCCAAAAGUUUAGAGUUAAACUUUUGGCUGAAAGUGGCGGCCAGAGUACCAUGGAUGUGCUCUGCCAGAUUGGCUUGGAUGGGAUUCGUAUGCUUGAUCCCAAUACUAGCCGGACAUUGAGAAUAUAUCCUCUUGAGAAUAUCACAAGAUGUGAACUGGCUGAUUCUUCUACCUUAGCAUUUUGGUCAAAGAGUUCUGUUGACAUUGAACCAAGACGGAUUAGAUUGCAAUCAAAUAGUUACACUUCGAAUACUCUUCUGGACACGGUGACAGCUGCAACCGUUCAGCUGAAGGAGAUGGGCGGAAGAAGCAAGCCUUCUGACACCUUGAAGACAGCUGAACAGCUUGCGGAGAAAAAGAAAGGGUUAGCUGAUUGGAUGAACAUAAUAAAACCUGGGAACGAGGAGAAAGACCAUUGGGUCCCUGAUGAAGCAGUUUCUAAGUGUACAGCAUGUAGCACAGAUUUUGGGGCUUUUGUGCGAAAGCAUCAUUGCAGGAACUGUGGUGAUAUUUUCUGUGACAAGUGUACACAUGGUAGAAUUGCUCUUACUGCUGAUGAGAAUGCUCAGCCGGUUAGAGUUUGUGACAGAUGCAUGGCUGAAGUGACUCAAAGGCUAAGUAAUGCUAAAGAAGCAGCUAACAAACCUGCAUUGCAGAGUCAUGAGGAUCUUGCCAGGAAACUUCAGGAGGAAAUGGAGAGAAAUCGCAAGGCAUCAUCAGGCUCCAAGACAGACGGAUCUGGGAGACGGAUGAGGGAAGUUGCUUGUCCUAUUUGCACUGUCCAUUUACAGGUCCAGGUUCCCAGCUCGGGUUCCGAGACAAUUGAGUGUGGGGUUUGCCAGCAUCCUUUCCUUGUGAGUGCUCAUUGAUCUCACAUGCAUCGUACGACUGAUGAAGGCGUGCCAAUGUCUGUGGAUAUUAUCUCUGGUUUAUUUUAUUUGUUCGGUUUUGGUUUAUUAAUACUUUGGAUUAGCAUGUAUAUCAUCUUUUCUUGGUUUGUUCCAAUGAACUCUAUUGACCAGAUGUCUGUCCAUGACAUCUUUAGUGUGCAUAUGGAAUUCUUAUAAGUUCCAUUUAAUUGAGUUGGCUGUUUAUAAAACCGAGAGUUAAUUUACAGAGGAAUGUAUGUAACUAUUGUUUUUAUGGUCAACCUAUGGAAUCAUGAUGCAUGAUAGAUUGUUUCAUA